AAGAAAUGUAGAGGCCUAGAUAGGGUGGCUAUGGCCAAACGGGGCCGUCCAAAGCUAACGUGUCGACAUGUAGUGACAUUAAAACCAACACUCCUAACACGAAGAAAACAAAGUAGACAACGACAUGUAAUGCAAUGUAACGUAAGGGAAGAAAAACGAGAGCCUCUAGCUUGCAAUUUGAACCAAGGGAGAGGACCAUCGACCAUGUGAGGUUUGGCAUGAUUUGGUUUUAAAGAAAACAACAAAACCAAUAGAUGACACACAUUUCUAUUCUGUUUUCUCUCUCUUUCGUCAAUUUUGGGAGGCUCAUAACAAUUCACCAACACAGUAUACAGGAAAAAGAGAAAAGAUUAAGAUAGAGAUAGAUCAUAUAGAACCAGAUAGGUAAUUGACAGGUAUAGAAAGACAGGUGAGAGAGAGUCUUUAGAUGGAAAUGCGAAGAACCGCAAAGAGAGCUGAAGAGAGUAGAAAGAGAAGGAAGAAGAAGAAAAGUUUAUUGUAAUAAAGAUAAAAAGGAGAUUUGGGUUUUUGAUUCUUUUGCUGUUUCUGUGUGUUUUAGAUUGGCUGGUUUGAGUUUUGAGUUGGGUUUUGCUCCAUUUUGGUGUUUGAUGAUCAGGAAGUUUACUGGAUGGUUUAUUAGAGUCUAGCAAAACAUGAGCUACCGAUUUCUCUUUCCUUGCCAGGCUGCCAGGAUGGAAGUAGAUAUGAUGUUCUACUUUGUUCAGAUAUGGAUUUUGGCUGCUGAAUUUGGUGAAAUAACUGCUGCUGAAAUGGGGGUGGAUUUAGUUGAUAGUUGAUGAUACUUAUGCCGUGUACUUAGAAUUGCAGUUGCUAACACUGCUUUUGUUUUCAUAUGUGAAAAGUUAUUGGUUUGGUAACACCGAGCAACUUGAAUUCCAUUGUUGCUUUAUUAAGUUAAGCAUUAAUCCACAUAAGGAAUACAGUGCACAAGAGUUGAUAAUAAAGUAAAUAAAAGGGGCUCUCUUUUAAAUUUUGAAGGAGGACAUUUAAAAUGGGCUUGCCUCAAGUUUCCUCCACUGGUAUUGCUGAGGAAGUGGCUGCAUCGCUGUGUACAUUUGUGCAGACACCACACAGAAUUGUUGGUGUGAGUGGCUGUGAUUUAAUAAGGAUGCACAGAGGAAAUCUAGGAAAUCAAGUUCAGGUGGAUUUGCCACGCUCUUCUUUUGGAGAUUUGCAAAGAAAAACCAAUGGGGAGUAUCCCGUACCUGUUCCUAGAAUUCUCAGUUUUGGAACAAGGGCAUUGAAUUAUCCAGUUGAUGUGUUCAAUGGAGUCCAAACUUCAUCCUCUGUUGUUAGCAUCACCAGUAAUGCAGCUGAGUCUAAUGGCUCACUAGCAAGGAAGCGCUUAUUGUCUCCUUUGAGUGGAAUGCUCUGCCCUGAUCAAUUUAAUGGUGAUGCUCUGGAUAUUGGUAGUGGUAUCAGCCAAAGUGGUUUUGGCAUUGGAGUUUAUGUGACACAAGAGCAUAAAAAGGCUCAUAUUAGCAACUCUAAUUCUUUAGACCCUGCAAUCUGUUCUACAUCUUGUUUUCCAGAAUGGAAGAAUUCACCAGAUGAUAAUUCUGGAGCAAACUCAAUGUUCCUCUCUGAUGGUCCUCUAAUAAAGAAUAAGGGGCUGCAAUCUGACAGUUAUUCGGUACCUACUUCCCAAGGGCUCAAUUAUUCUGGAGAAACAAAUAAAAGAAGGAACCAGACACUGGCUAUAGCUAUACCUGUUAAGAAGGCAGCCUCACCCCCCUUGUACUUGUCUCCUCUUGGUCCAAAAUCUCUUGAAAGACUAAAACAUGCUGAAGGAUGCAGGGAUAUGGCAGAAAAGUUAGAUGAUGAUUAUAUGACCUUCAAGGAUUUGGAGCAGUCUCUUAAUGGAAUGGUAUCAGUCCAGACAGAUAAAAAUUUUAGGUUGUCAAAUAAAUCAUUUCAUCUUUUUGAUGAUUUGCAGAAUAAGUUCGAUCCAUAUUCUCCUGAGCUUACCUCUGGAAUUGCUCAAAAAUCGGGUCAGGAUUUGCAUCUUGCUCCUAAAAGUGGCAAAUUGUUUAGAAGUCUUAGUGGACUGUCUGUCAGAAGGUCCUUGGUUGGUUCAUUUGAGGAGUCACUGCUAUCAGGGCGGCUGUUAUCUGGAAAAGUCGGUCAGAGAAUUGAUGGUUUCCUUGCUGUUCUCAGUAUCACUGGGGGGAAUUUCUCUCCACAAUCACAGAAACUUCCAUUUGCAGUAACUAGUGUUGAUGGAGAUAACUACUUGCUCUAUUAUUCGUCAAUAGAUCUUGCUAGGCAAGCCUCAACAAACAAGUCUAGAGGCCUAAAAAUGAAAAGGAGCCUGAGCAUUGAUGAUUCGCAAGCUGAAAAGAGCCGCCUUCGAGUACCCAUGAAGGGGCGGAUACAGUUGGUGUUAAGCAAUCCAGAAAAGACACCCAUUCACACCUUCCUUUGUAACUAUGAUCUGACUGAUAUGCCUGCUGGUACAAAGACAUUUAUGCGCCAAAAGAUUACUUUGGCACCUGCUGCUGCAACCAAUAUACCAGGAAAAGAAAGAAUUUUACAUACUACGCGAUAUUCUGACCAGAAUAUGAAAGAUAUAGGAAGUGAAACUGCUGGAUGUGUUGGGGUAUUAGACAAUGAUUCCAGUAGUUUGAACAUUAGUGAAUGUAUACAAACCGAUGGAGACAACAGCCUGUUAAAUGCUAGCAGUGUAAAUUUAACCAAACUUGUACAUAGCUCAUCAAGGGUCAAUGAGAGUACUAUGGGUGCUGGUGUUCUGCGCUAUGCUCUUCAUCUUCGUUUUUUAUGCCCUUCCCCCAAGAAAUGUUCUAAGACUGUCCGAAGGUGCAAAUCUGAUCCUCUGUCUGCACCAGCAAAAAACAUGAACAUUGAAGGGGAGAGAUGCUUCUACUUGUAUAGUGAUAUGAGGGUGGUUUUCCCGCAACGCCAUUCUGAUGCUGAUGAGGGUCAGUUACAUGUGGAGUAUGAUUUUCCAUCAAAUCCAAAGUACUUCGACAUCAGCAGCUAAAAUGCCCCAUAGGUUCUCUUCUCUUCCCAGAAAUGCCCGUUAACAUUUCUGUACAUCUCUGUAAAUGUAGUCUCUUAUUGAUCCUUUGAUGGGGGCAAGAAGCCCAUUUAUUUGUACAUAAUUUUUUUAAAUGAUUCAAUAAUUAGACCAUUUCAUUUAUUGAUCAUCAUGUUCUUUCUUCCCCCUCUUUUUACUCUUCUGAAUAGAUCAAGGCCAAAAAGGUGACAGCAUCAUUUAAUACUGCCAAGCUUUUUCCCUUCAAAAGAACAUUCUUUCUUAUAGGAGAAAAGCAAGACCAUCAUGAUUUCACAAUUAUCAAUGACUGUCUAUUCUUGACAAAAACUGAUCACCAUGGCUCCUAGUAGCAGCAAAACAUCAGUUCCGGACAAGUGCAUGCUGAUUCUUACCAUUUGACAGCCGCCUUAACCACCAUUCAUUAGUUGUCAGGAACAGCUGUUUGAAACGAAAACGACAUUAUCUUUGGUGCAUA